CCCCGCCCUUCUUCCUGCUCCCCUCAGGCCGCCAUGAUGGCGGCGGCGACCCCGCGGCUGCGGCCGCUGCUGCGCGCCCUGAGGGCUCAGAGGUUGCGGGGUCCCGUGUGGUGCUGCGGAGCCCCGGCCGUGAGGGGGGUGGCGAGCGGCGCAGAGCAGGCACGGUUGGGGCCCGGAUCCUGCUGCUGCCCCUGGUGCUGCGGGGCCAGCGCGAGGCCGCCCGGCUCUCCCGGCACCUCCCCGAGCUCCAGCGCCUCUCCCAGCGCGUGGCCGAGGCCCGCCGGGGCUCCGACCCCAACCAGGUGGCCGUGGCUUACUCAGAACUGGUCUCGUAUCAACGACGUCACAACGUCAAUCCGCUCCGGGGCUUCCUGGUGCCCCUCGUGCAGACCCCCCUUUUUGUGUCGUUUUUCUUCGCCCUGCAGGGGAUGGCGGCGGCGCCGGUGCCGGGGCUGCUGCAGGGGGGGCUGGGCUGGUUCCCAAAUUUGGCCGCCCCCGACCCCUUCUACGUCCUGCCCGUGCUGGUCACAGCCUCCACCUGGCUCGUGCUCGAGCUCGGGGCGGAGACGGGCGUGUCGGCGCCGGGGGCGGGGCCUGUCCGUCAAAUCCUGAGGCUCCUCCCCCUUUUCUUCCUGCCUUUCAUCGUGCACUUCCCCACGGCGGUCUUCACCUAUUGGCUGACGUCCAACAGCUUCAGCCUAUUGCAGACCGGGCUGCUGCGAGUCCCCGCCCUCCGCUCCAAAUUGGGUGUGGCCCCGCCCCCUGCCCCGCCCCAGGCCACGCCCACCGGCCACGCCCCCCAGAGCAAAGGGGGGAUCCUGACGCAGCUGAAGAAAGGUGAAAAAUGGGGAAAAAAUGGGAAUUUUUGGGGAAUUUUGGGGAAUUUUUUAGAGUUUGGGAAUUUUAGGAAUUUUUGGGGAAAAAUUUGAG